CUCCGCCAGGGCUCUUCCCCGGGCGCCAUGGCCUCAGAGGGGCACAGCAAGGAGGAGACCCUGUCCCUGCGGAGGCAGCUUAUCGGCUCUUCCUGCAGGCUUUUUUUUUCUGAGGACCCUGUGAAGAUCGUGCGGGGCCGAGGCCAGUACAUGUACGAUGAGAACGGGGUGGAAUACAUUGACUGUAUCAACAACGUGGCUCACGUUGGGCACUGCCACCCUCACGUGGUCCAAGCUGCGCACGAACAAAACCAAGAGUUAAACACCAACAGCCGCUUCCUGCAUGACAACAUAGUGGAUUAUGCUCAGAGGCUGUCCCGAACGCUGCCCAAGGAGCUCAGUGUGUUCUACUUCCUGAACUCAGGGUCUGAAGCCAAUGACCUGGCCCUGAGGCUGGCUCGUCAGUACACUGGACAUCGAGAUGUGGUGGUAGUAGACCAUGCUUACCAUGGGCACCUGAGCUCUCUAAUUGACAUAAGCCCUUACAAGUUCCGGAGUCUGGAAGGACAGCCAGAGUGGGUACACGUGGUCCCUCUCCCAGAUACCUACCGAGGGCCCUACCGGGAAGACCACCCAGAGCCAGCCAAUGCAUAUGCAGCAGAAGUGAAGCAGGUGAUUGACAGUGCCCAGGAGAAGGGCAGGAAGAUAGCGGCCUUUUUUAUCGAGUCUUUGCCCAGCGUGGGAGGCCAGAUCAUUCCCCCGGCUGGCUAUUUCCAGAAGGCAGCAGAACACAUCCGAAGGGCUGGAGGUGUUUUUGUGGCUGACGAGAUUCAAGUUGGCUUUGGCCGAGUGGGCAAGCACUUCUGGGCCUUCCAGCUGCAGGGGGAGGACUUUGUCCCCGACAUCGUCACCAUGGGCAAGCCCAUCGGUAAUGGCCACCCCCUCGCCUGUGUGGCCACAACCCGGGACAUCGCUGGAGCCUUUGCAGGCACUGGCGUUGAGUAUUUCAACACGUUUGCGGGAAGUCCUGUUUCCUGUGCAGUGGGUCUGGCAGUCUUGGACAUCCUAGAAAAGGAGCACCUCCAGGCCCAUGCUGCCCAAGUGGGAGACUUCCUCAUGGGGCUGCUGAACCAGCAGAAGGCCAAGCAUCCCAUCAUUGGUGAUGUCAGGGGUGUUGGAUUAUUCAUUGGUGUGGACCUGAUCAAAGACGAAGCAACAAGGACACCAGCAACAGAGGAAGCUGACUAUUUGGUUUCUAGGUUAAAAGAUGCCUGUAUUUUGUUGAGCACUGAUGGACCCGGAAGAAAUGUCCUGAAAUUUAAGCCUCCAAUGUGCUUCAACAUGGACAAUGCCAGAAUAGUUGUGAACAAACUUGACACAAUUUUAACAGAGAUGGAGGAGAAGAGGAGAAGCUGUGAAACCCUUCAAUGUCCCCAAUGACCUGGUUAGGUCUUCCCUGGGAAGCCUGGGUUCAAAAAGGAUAUUCUGAAAGGUGAAAGAGGGAGCCCUGCCAGCCCGUCCCAAGAUAAAAAGAAACUUAAAACUCAACCCAUUCACAAUUUACCUUGUAACAUGGAUUGGACCUAUUAAAACCAAAGUGUUUGUUGCCAUACGCUGGAAGGCAAGGGGGCCAAUGAGACCUAUACUUCCGAAUCCUCCCCCCGCCCCCCACAUUUUUAGGUAUGUAUAACCACACUGCUCUAUUACUGUUAUUAAAGUCAGACACUGGGUCAAAGUGGUCAGAAAACACAGGGAAGAUGAAUUCCUAAAUAUAACAAUGGUUUCUACCAUUUGCCUUAGGGCAAAUGACUCAACUUUGCUCUGGUCUCACUAAGCUUGAAGACCUAAAUGUCUUCUUCAAUGGAAUGUUUUGAAAACGUCCAAAUUUGCUUCAACGAUUAAAAACUACCAUGAAAUGCCUACAUUUUUCUUUUAACUUAAAAAAAAAUUAAAACAUGUCAAACAUUUUACACUUAACCUUUUACCCCAAAAUGACUUGCCUUAAGGACAGCUGGCUGUAGCGGGAGACUAUCCCUGAGAUAGACUCCCAAAUGCCCCCAAAAUGAGCUGGCUGGGGUGUGGGUCAGAUGGCAGGGAGAUCUGUCUAUAGUCUUUCAAAAGCUGGAAGAUUAAGAAAUGGCACACUAGCUGGUUUGGGGUGUGUUUUUUGUUAAUUUUUUAUUUCAAAAGCUAGGAUAGCUUCAAUAUCCAUGUCAUGGUAAUCAGGACACAUGUAAAAUACCUUACAAUACAUUAGAUUCCCAAAAGGUACCAAAAAGUACAGUAAAAUUAACA